AUGCUUGGCUGGGGCCGGGAUUGUUUGAGCUGUCUGUUGCUGCUGGUGGAUGGUCGGCCGGCUGCAGAAGUACCUAGUCUGUCUGUCUGCCCUUCAGGAUGGCACUGGCCAUACGCAACAAAGAAGGCGAGAAGAACGAGUGAAGAAGAUGAGGCGGGGAAUAAAAGCAAAGCCCGAAUCAAUAGGAUUCAUCCAAACCGUCUGUCCCGGCAGCAAUCGUGUCACCAGGACAUGCUUGCCUCAGCGUCAUCAACGUCUUUUCUCAGGGUCGGUGAGAGGAUUGCGGAUGGUUACAAAAACCAGGACGAGGGCCAGGCCAGACGGCGACCACGUGAUCAGGGUGAGGUGGAAAUAAGCAUUGCAACGAUCGAUCCGCACGUGGAGAUUAUGUUGGAGGCUGGAUCAGUUGCUUAUCCUUUUGGUGGUGCUGGUGAUGCUGGUUGGCGGGGGUUCAUGUUUCCAGCCCAAUCAGAACCUGAAUGGUCGAGAUAUAAUCCGAAAUAG